AUGGACAAGAGAAUGGUUGAUGCUAUGUCGAAGUUGCCUUCAAAACCUCUCAGAUCCAUUACCAUUUUGGUUGUCGAUGAUGAUCCUACUUGUCUCUCAAUUGUUGCUGCCUUACUCAAAUCAUGGAAUUACGAAGUUGUGACAGUGAAACAUGCCAUCGAUGCUUUGUGCGCUCUAAGGCUCAAGACCGGUUACUUCGAUCUAGUGGUAACAGAUAUUCAUAUGCCUGAUAUGAAUGGUUUUGAGUUGCAUAAGAUAAUCAAAGAAGAAUUCAACCUGCCUGUUGUUUUUAUGUCAGCCGACGACAAGGAUAGUGUGAUAUUUGAAGGACUAGCCCGUGGAGCAGCUUGUUUCAUAGUCAAGCCGGUAACUCCGGCGGACCUCAAAAACCUCUGGCAAUACGUCGUUGCGAAGAAGGCCGGCGGCAAAGGAAUUCUGGGUAUUGAUCAGGAAAGAACACUUCCUAGAUUCAAUCAUCAGAAUACUGUUUCCAAUCAUGCACCACCCGUGGCGCCGUCGCCGCGUCAAAUAUUGCCGACCCAAAAGCCUUUUAAUAACUCUAAUGGUUCCUCGGCCGCCGUAGCUUCCUCGGCCGCCGUAGCUUCCUCGGCCGCCGUAGCUUCCGUAUCCGCCGCCGACGGCAACAACAGAGGGAAGGAAAGCUCGAAACGGAGGGGUCCAAUAUCAAAGUUUGUAGCACCCACCCCAAGGGAGAUGAAUGAGAAUUCUGCUGCUCCGAAGAAGAUCAAAAUCGUGUGGACCAAUGCCCUGCAUAAUCAGUUCUUGGAAGCUGUUAGAACUCUAGGACUUGACAGGGCUGUACCGAAGAAAAUUCUGGAGCUGAUGAAUGUGCCAGGAUUGACUAGAGAAAAUGUAGCAAGUCAUUUGCAGAAGUAUAGAAUUUUCUUGAAGCGUGUUUCAGAGGCCGGCUGCCGGAUUCAAUCUUCGGCGGAGAGGCGGUUAUCUCAGAAGUCAUUUGAAUCAAUGUUUGAUUACAGUGGAUCGAAACCCUUUGAGAUACCAUCGUCUCUGUUUGAGAAAAUCCCGUCUCUUGAUUCUCCUGCUCCGGUUAAAUCAUCUCCCGGCAACGGCUGCUACUCCAUUUCUCAAAAUCUGUUAAACCAGUCGACGUCGUCUGGUCUGAGGUCCAGCUAUGGAAAGUCACGGCCAUUAUCACUGACGGGUACUGCCAAUAAUGAUGUCUCUGUUAGUCUGAAAAAUAACAAUGGUAAAAACAGAGCAAAAGGUGAGUCCAGCUCUUCUACUCAUGUUGUCAAUGGAGGAUCCAACCCUGUCCCUAACCCGAACCCUAAUCAUAGUGAGAUCAUGCCGGCAAGCUUCACCGCCACCAAUGGGUACUCAAACUACAAUUCCAACAUGAAUAAUAAUAAUAAUAUGGCUUCUUCUUAUGCUGGUUUCCGAUUGGGGAAUGAUGGGAGUUUAAUCAGUUAUAAUGGUAACUCCGACAAUGUUAAUGUUAAUAGAGUUGCUGUCGACGGUUCACAUAACAUAACCGGAGACAACUCCGGUUUCAUUGGAAGUUCUCCGUCGUCGAUGGGAAAUCAUCAGUCUCCUAAGAAUCCUAAUGUCACAACAUAUUUUCCUCAUAACAAUAUCAAUCAUCUUCCAAAUCCUAUCAACACAAACAAUAAUAUCAUGGUGGGUAACAACAACUAUGGUGUUUUUCCUAGUAACAAUAUGAUGAUUCCUACAAAUGCAAACAACAAUAUCAUGGUGGGAAACAACAACAACAACAUCAACUAUGGUUGUGACUUUGGGGUUAUAAACAAUGGUGAUCUCAACUCUGUUUUCUUGAAUACUCAAGCUACUAACUACCAAGUUCAACAACCUCUAAAUAUGCUGUCUGGAGAAGGAGUACUCGAACCAACCAACAAUAUUCCAUUUAGCUCAUACCAUUUUGGAGAAACCUCGCAGCAAAAUGGUGGUCAUGAGGAGGCAAACAUGAAUUGGGAUAAUCUGGAGAACACUUUUCCAACACUGCUGGAUCAUGAUACUGAAUUUCCAUUUCUUGGGCAAGAAGAUGAGGAGUUCUUGAGAUCGGUUUUAGGUUAUGGAGACUCGGGUGGCGCCGACGCUGAUCAAGGUACUGAUCAAAACCUUAACAACUUCGGAUAUCACUGA